GUGUUUUCACACUAUUUUAUGUUUCCUUUACAUGCACAAUAUUUACAAAAUAUAUCAAUGCAAUUUUUCAUAUUUAUACUCUUCGUAUUUAUCAGAGAAAUGAACAAUGUGUACACUAGUGACGAAGAGGAGGAGGAGGAGGAGCGAGAGAACCUAAUCCAGGCCAAGGAGACCAGGGAACAGACGGAGAAGGUUGAGGAGGAGGAGAGGAAUAUCUCCAGGUUCCCCAAAUAUGGAUGGAAGGUUAAGCUUGAUCAUGAGUUUCCAGAGGAGAGAGAUCAAAAUCUUAGGCCUUCCUUCGGACAAAUAUUCCCGGAACUAGCUCCUCUUGGGCUCAGAUAUCUCUUCUGGUGGCUUGGAAAGUUGAAGGCUGGCCGAUUACCUGUGAUUGAUCAGUUCCGACCCCGUCAUAGUAAACGCAUGUACGGUGUACCUUGUGGGGGUUUGGGAUCAGGAACAGUAGGCAGGGGAUUCCGUGGAGAGUUCUGUAGGUUUAACAUGAUUCCUGGAAUGUACGAAUACAAUACAGUUCCUUCGGAUCAGUUUAUACUUAGCAUACACUCAGAUACUGGGGGCUGUAUCUACCAGUCAGUGCUGGGUGGGCGGGGGGCAAGUGUACCUGGUGCCCCCUCCAGCUGGAAAUGGGCUGGAAACCCUGAGGACUCUCUCUACUGUGGUCUGUAUCCUAGAUCCUGGACAGUUUACAAUAUACUCCAGGUUGGUGUCCGUGUGCUAUGUCGACAGAUCUCCCCUGUAAUUCCUGGAGAUUAUAACACCAGUUGUCUACCAGCAUCAGCUUUUAUUUUUACCGUAGAAAACAACAGCGAUGUGAAUCUACAGGUGAGUAUUACGUUAAGUUUCAAGAACGGUACUGGAGGAAAGGCGGAUAAGGAGGGAGGAGUCAGGACUCAACCUUUCCAGCAAGAAAACUCAAGUGGAGUUAGUAUACACGGGAAGAUCCGGGGUGAAGUCAUGGUUUACAGUAUUGGAGCUAGGAAGGAUGACAAGAGAUCAGUUUCUUGGUGCUCAGGCUUUGAUCCAAAGGGAACUGGUGAGAAGGUUUGGCGUGGGUUGGAGCAGAACAAUAAACUUGAGAGUGAACCUGAAGCAACACAACCCACAUCUCCAGGACAAGAGGUUGCAGUUGCAGUAUCUAGCAGGAUGCUGGUGGAGAAGCGAAGUUGUGGAACCCUGGAUUUAGCUUUAGCUUGGGAUAAUCCAAAGAUCAAAUUUAGAGAUGGAAACAAGGUUUACAGGAGAAGAUAUACUAGAAGGUUCGGAAUAGAUGGACAAGCAGGCCCCAAACUUGUCAGUCAUGCUUUAAGGAGUUGGGAAGAUUGGGAUCGAUGGAUAGAGGAAUGGCAAGAACCGGUUUUAUCGGAUUCUGAGCUUCCUGAUUGGUUCAAGUCUGCAAUCUUUAAUGAACUAUACUUCCUGUCAGAUGGAGGAGGGGUUUGGCUGGAGGUUGAGGAGGGUGAGAACCUUUCCUCCUUAGACCCGAGGUUAGAGUACGGAAGAUGGGGCUACCUUGAAUCCCAUGAGUACAGAAUGUACAACACUUAUGAUGUACACUUCUAUGCUUCUUGGGCUCUCAUAGAUCUUUUUCCUGGUCUAGAGCUGUCUCUACAACUGGACUUCUUGGACUCCGUAGUGAGGGAGGACAAGGACCCACAGAAAGAACUAUACGGAGGGAAAAUUACUCCUAGGAAGAUUAAGGACUCUGUGCCUCAUGAUUUGGGGGACCCAGAGGAGGAACCCUGGCUCAAGGUGAACAGUUACAAUAUCCAUGAUGUAUCCGAAUGGCGAGAUCUAAACCUGAAGCUGGUUAUCCAAGUCUGGAGAGAUAUAAAACUUUUACCUGAAAAGGAAAGUGCAUAUCUAUUGGAACAAGCGCUCCCUGUGUGCGCGGCAUUGAUGGAGGUUGCGCAGUCCUGGGACAAAGACGGAGACGGACUUAUAGAGAACAGUGGCUGGCCCGAUCAAACCUUUGAUAGUUGGGUGAUGCUUGGUGCAUCUGCUUACUGCGGCGGACUAUAUUUAGCUUCUCUUGCCGCUAUGGCGGACAUGUCAGACCGAGCUGGUCUUGAACAUCUGCAGUGGAGAGAGAAGCUGUCGGCUGGAGAACUAAGUUUUGAGGAGAAACUAUGGGGUGGAGACUGCUUUAAGUUUGAUACUAGUCCUAGAGGAGAGAAUGUGAUAAUGGCUGAUCAGCUUGCUGGAUACUGGUACUGUAAGAUUACAGACCCAACUCAGGGUAUACUGGACCCGGAGAAGGUUUUAACCUCUCUUAAAACAAUUUUUUCCAACAACGUGAUGAAAUUCUGCGAGGGAACCCAAGGUGCUGUAAACGGUAUGCUAAGAACAGGAGGAGUUGACCGGAGUACAGUACAGAGUGAAGAGGUAUGGACAGGGGUCACCUAUGCUCUGGCCAGCUUAAUGAUAGCUGAAGGAUUAGUUACUCAGGGAUUUAAAACAGCUGAAGGAAUUUACAGGACGGUGUAUGAAACUAUAGGACUCGGCUAUGAGACCCCUGAAGCUCUUUAUGAAAAGAAACACUACAGAGCUAUUGGGUACAUGCGCCCUCUUAGUAUAUGGUCCAUGUAUAUAGCCUGGAGAAAUAGAAAGAAAUCACAGAAGAAGAAUAUUACAAUAUAAAAAUUUAAUAUUAUAUGUAACAAAGAAGCUUUAUCGGCUGCAAAUACACUGUACAAACCAUUGUAAAGUGUCAAAAAUAAUUGCCAUAAUAACAUUUUAAAAGGCUGACUUCUAAUUGUGCUAUUAUAAAAGCACAUUUUGAGUGUUCUCCUAUUAUUUAUGUUAAAUAUACGGGAAUAGUUCGUAAAAUGGUAAAUCGAAUAUAAGAGCAUUCAGCAUGCAAUUAUGAUAUAUAUUUUGAAGAAAAAUUUUAGAAGACCCGGGGAGAAAGAAAUGUUUUUUUCAUUUUCUAAUAAUCAUUUUCUGGAAAAAAUUCGCCUUGCACAAAUAUUCCUUAUUUACUGUGGACAUCAAUUAUUCUGCAAAUAAACUGAGGGGAGGGAGAUUUUUCUAGAAACUUGUACUUUUCACUUUGCUUUGCCUUUUCACCUGACCCUAUAGUUUGUAAAAUGCCACGUUUCUGUGAUUUAACAAUUGCUCUGUGAUCGACUAUUGUACAAAAGUUAUAAUUUAACCUAGCUUAUUAAUUCAUCCUGGUUGCUUUAAUCUUGAUUUGAUAUUUCUAAAUUUCAAAUCCUAGAUUUAUUUAGUAUUAACAAAGACAUUUUUUAUGCAAAUUAUGCUUUUACAUAGUUUUGACGCAAUAGACUAACAAAGUAGUAUUUUAAUAAAGCAAUAAAACUUAUGUUUUGAAAUGCACUGUGCAAAUUGUGCCUUUGACGCAAUGUGUAAACCUAGCAAUAUUUGUAAGUGAUAUUCUUUGAUUUUUUUAGGGGUUUUUUAAUAUUAUUGUAUUAUUUUAGUGUCGGAUUCUGUAACUUUUUGAUUGUUUGAACUUAUGAAUAUUGCAGA